AUGUCGCUGGACCGAUUUGUUGGCAAAGUUGCCGUCAUUACCGGUACAUCUUCAGGUAUUGGGAGAGCCACAGCAGAAGCUUUAGUCAAGCGAGGUUUAAUAGUAGCUGGAUUAGCCAGAAGAGUGGAGCGCGUAGAAGAGCUGGCCAAGGAGCUGAAAAACGAAAAGGGCAAACUCUACAGUUUCAAAACCGACCUGACAAAAGAGGAUGAAAUCAUUUCAACUUUCAAGAAAAUCACUGAAACUUUAGGUCCCAUUCAUGUCCUAAUCAACAACGCUGGUGUGGGACCUGAAACUAAUCUUAUCGAUGGAGAUAUAAGUAAAUGGAGACAAACAUUAGAUACAAACGUAUUGGCUUUGUGCAUAGCGACGCGAGAAGCGAUAGCCAGCAUGAAAGCUAACAAUAUCAAAGGACAUAUCAUUCAUAUUAACAGCACUACAGGACACUAUCCCAUAGAAGCCCCUGGAUUGUCAGUUUAUCCCGCAUCAAAAUACGCUGUUACAGCAUUGACUGAAAGUCUAAGAAGAGAGAUCAACAGGAAUAAAUUACCGAUUAAAAUUACAAGUCUUAGUCCUGGAUUUGUCAAAACCGAAAUAAUUGAGGCAAACUUCAGCGCAAAAGGCGCAGAACGAUUCAAGAACAGGCCUGGAUUAGAAACUGAAGAUAUUGCUGACAAUAUAGUUUACGUGCUGUCCACUCCAGAACACGUUAAUAUAAAAGAACUGACUGUUAUGAUCCAAGGACAACUCGGUUAACUUUAUAUGUGACAGAAAUUGGGAACGGUUUCAUAUACAAAGGGUUCGAAAAAUGUACGGCCAAAUGUGUAUGAUUAUUCAUUAAA